AUGCCCAAGACAUCUGCCUCGACACCGAGCAAAGCACCUGUCACUUGGAGAUCCAUCCGCAUGCUGACCAGAAGACUGCUAUCUGCUGUUUGUGAGCUUGGUGACCUUCCACAUGGGCUACAUGUACGGCCCACUGGAAAUGAGCGCAGCAUCCAUCUCAUCUGGGGCCUGCAGCUCCUGGGGCUGCCGCUGCUAUAUGCAGCCAACCAGAUCCAUCCUCUUGCCUUGGCUGUGAUGCUGAUUCCAAUCUGCAUCAAGAUCAUCAAUUACAUCAUGUACUGGGCUUCUGCUGCCCAAAGGAGAGGGAGGAGCAUUUGGGCUCAGCCGAGCCCCUGUCACCUGCUGACCCAAGAGGAAUAUCAAAUGCAGGGCGAGGUGGAGACACGCAGGGCAGUCAAAGAGCUUCGAAAGUACUGCCAAAGCCCAGAGAUCAAUGUCCAGGCUACAAGGAGACGCCUCCGCUCUCCAGAGAGCUUUGCUGCCUUUCUGCGUGGUGCCUCUCACCUCACUCGCUACGAGGUCAUUCGCCAUGAGCAGGAGUACGGCCGUGGCAGCAGCUGCCCUGAGGAGCAGCACUUAGGAGGAGAAAUCCAAGCACAGCAAUCAGGUUUCACUCCCCUGUUGAUGCUUUUUCCUGACUAUUGAGGAGCCCCUGGUUCUCUGCUCUUUCAUCCCUGUAAUUUGUUACAGACUGUUUGUAGUUUUAAUAAAGAUUUGGUUUG